UAGUGACCGUCGUGACAAACCCGUUUACCUUCAGGGACGUCUGAUUAAAAAAAAUAAACACCCACAAAAACUUAGCAUCUAAAGUUCGGUCCUUUCUUCUGUAUAUGCUCUUCCCUUCAACUGAUUGCAUCUGCUUGUGAAAUGCAAGGGUCUACGAUACACAAAACACAAUCGGGUGAUUCGUUCUGACGAUACCGGGAACCCGAGGGAGUGCUCAGCCUCCUCCCGUCCGCUGCCGUCCGUCCAGCCGCCUCGCACCUGCCAGGGAUCCCGAUUCCAGAGGCCUUUCCCUCCCCAAGGCAUCGGCUGCCUUCCCCUGAGUGAGUGCCCGAGAAACUGAAUACUACCUCCAAAUGGCUGGGUCAGGUAGAGGAAGAGGACGUGCUUCGUUUACCUUCAACAUUGAGGCUAUUGGAUUUGGUAACGGUGCAGCUCUACCUGAUGUCAUCUGUAAGCCUCCACCACCAUUUCCAAGUACAGACAAUAAGCCAGUGCCUCUGAAAACAGGAGAAGAUGAAGACUACAUGUUGGCCUUAAAACAAGAUCUUAGAGGAACUAUGAAAAGAAUGCCGUACUUUUUGACAGUAGAAGAAGAACAUCAAGCAAUUGAGAGGUACAGUCAAAAGUACCAGGACAGUGAAAAGGAGCAGAAAACAUGGAUUCCAGAUUGGAGAAGACUCCCAAGAGAGAUGAAACCAAAGAAGACAACCAAAAAAGGUGCAAAAUCAGAAAAGGCAAAAAACUUUGAGCCUAAAAGUAAUCUGGAUGUGAUAAAAAAAAUUGAGGAGUUGGAAAAGAAGGAUGAUGAAGAAGAAAAAUCUGAAGAUGAGAAAGACAAAACAAAAGACAAAGAAGGUGAAGAUGAUGAAGAAGCAGAAGAAUCAGAUGAAUAUGAUGAAGAGGAACAUGAAGAGGAAAAUGACUACAUUUCCUCCUAUUUUGACGAUGGAGAUGACUUUGGUGCUGGCAGUGAUGACAAUAUGGAUGAAGCAACAUACUAACUGUGGCUGCUAGGUGCUACACUGCUCAAGCCUUACACUACUUGAAGUAGAAUUCUGGAGGUAGGCUGAAUAUCAACAGACCUAAUGCUUUAGCUCCAUUGGUUUUAAGCACACUCUCCAAAACCACAUUGGAGUUUAAUUGUAUUAUGCUGUAAAAGAGGAUAUGAGAUCCUUUGUUUUGUUCUUUUGCCAAGUGUUUUGCAGAUGUGCGCCUUUUUAAGGUCUUCUGGAAUGCCUCCUGAUGGAGUAAGCUAUAUGCCAUUGUGUCACCUCUGCACAGAAAAAGAAUGUAUGCAUUUUACUUGAAAUUGUGCCUAAGCAUUUGCACUAGUCAGUUCUGUGCCUCAGCAGUGAAAUCUUGAAACCAGUCAUGAAAUUCUUGAUGACUGCAGUAAAAGAGAUAUGACCUUUAUGGACAUAAACUGCUUGCAUUUGGCAGCUGACUUCUCUGAAGAAGCUUAUGUAACUUCUGAGUUCAGGUGACUAGAAAUAAUUGAUGACUAAGCACUUUAAUAUAAACUGACUUGAAAAAACCUUAGAAAUAUAGACAAACAAUAUGACAGUAAUUUGAAAAGCCAUUACUGUAGUUAGAAGAAUACAUUGCCUUUAGUAUUUUGGUAAAAUGUAUUACAUUACCUUUAUGAAUCACCUUAAGUCAUAAUUAAGGACAGUUUGAUUUAAAAAGAAUAUAUGGCAGAAGUUAGGAAAUUACAAAAUCCCGGUUUCACCAGUUAGUGAAAAUUUCAGUCCUUUGCCUCAGUUUCUCUGCCUGUUACAGUCUUUCUUACCUCACAGAGCUGUUAAGUGAGAAGGCAGAUGACAUGUAUCUAUGUAAUUGUUAAUGCAUUUGUUUACUUCCUACAGAACAAACAAGAAACGGACAGCAAAUCAAUAGAAAAUAAAACCCAAAAAUGUAAGAAAAGAAUGUGGUGCAGUAUUUUAAUGCAUGAGGUUUUAAUUAGAAAAGCAAGGGGAGAAUGCUAAGAAUAGCAAAACCAGAAUGUUUGGAAACAUCAAUUUUAUUUAAGAACAAAAGC